AUGACGGAACUCCAAACAUACAAAGGCUUCUACCUGUGGCACUACGUCCCCUCGCGCGUCGCCGCGGUGAUCUUCCUCCUCCUCUUCCUAGCCGCAACAGCAUUCCACUCGUGGAAGACCUGGAAACACAAGACCUAUUUCUGCAUCUGCUUUGCCCUCGGCUGUUUUUUCGAAUUUAUAGGCUACUGCGCGCGCACCUCCGCGCAUAAUAAGACCGGAAAAAUGAUGCCCUUCUGUAUCCAGAAUGUCUUUAUCCUGCUUGGACCCGCCCUCUUUGCAGCGUCUAUAUACAUGGUCCUCGGGCGGGUCAUCGUCGCUGUAAAGGGCGCGCGCCACUCUCUCAUCCCCGUGAAAUGGCUGACCAAGAUCUUUGUCGCGGGCGACGUAGUCUCCUUCCUCAUCCAGGGUGGCGCGGCGGGGAUGAUGGUCUCGACGGAUCUGGCGAGUUUGGGGAAUAAGCUUGUGGUGGUUGGGUUGGUGGUGCAGGUGGUGAUGUUUGGGCUGUUUGUGGUUACGGCGGUGAUCUUUCAGGUGCGGAUGAGCCGGGAUGGUGGUGCUGGGUUGGAGGUGUUCUCUGGUAAUUUUAGGUGGAGGUUCCAUCUCCGGACGCUUUAUCUUGUCAGUUUGCUGGUUAUGGUGCGGUCUGUGUUUCGCGUCGUGGAGUUUGUGAUGGGGAAUGAUGGGUAUUUGCUGCAGAACGAGUGGCCGCUGUAUGUGUUUGACGCGGCGCUGAUGGGGCUUGUGGUCGUUGUAUUUGGGAUCCGGUAUCCGAGUGAUGUUAAUCCCUAUUCGCAUGUCCAUGAAAGGGUGGCGCUGGGCGAGGUUCACCAGGUCUAG